CACCUUCCCGUCAUUACAGGAAGCGUGAGCAGAAACGCUUUUCUAGAAUUCUAUUCCGUUCUCUUCCUUCUCUGAAAAGCAAAGGAUCAAAGUAAAACGGCGAUUGUGCAUUUUCCGAGUUGUGUGGUUGCUUUUCCGGCGGUGAUGAGAUAGGGAUUUCCGGCCGGCGAAGAUGUUGGAGGAUCAGGUGGCGAACCUCUUGCAGAGGUACCUGGGGAACUACGUGAAGGGACUCAAUAAAGAGGCCCUCAAGAUCAGUGUCUGGCAAGGUGAUGUGGAGCUAACAAAUAUGCAGUUGAAGCCAGAGGCACUGAAUGCCUUAAAACUACCUGUGAAGGUCAAGGCAGGAUUUCUUGGAUCAGUGAAACUUAAGGUUCCAUGGAGCAGGCUUGGCCAGGAUCCAGUGUUAGUUUCUUUGGAUCGCAUUUUUCUAUUAGCUGAGCCUGAAACGCAAGUUGAGGGAAGUAGUGAGGAUGCUGUACAGGAAACUAAGAAAAACCGAGUGCAGGAAAUGGAAAUGAAGUUGUUGGAGAAGGCGCAACAACUGAAGUCAGAUGUGAAUAAAUCAUGGUUGGGAUCCCUGAUCAGCACAAUAAUUGGAAAUUUGAAACUUUCAAUUUCAAAUAUUCACAUCAGAUACGAGGAUCUUGAGAGCAAUAUUGGUCAUCCGUUUGCAGCGGGCAUAACCUUGGAGAGACUUUCAGCCAUGACAGUUGAUGAUACUGGAAAAGAGACAUUUGUUACUGGGGGUGCACUGAACUGUAUUCAGAAGUCUGUCGAACUUGAUCGGCUUGCACUAUAUCUGGAUUCUGAUAUUGCUCCAUGGCAUGUUAACAAGCAAUGGGAGGAUUUGCUUCCAUCAGAGUGGGUCCAGGUUUUUAAAUUUGGUACUAAAGAUGGUAAACCAGCGAAUAAAUCGACCAAGAAGCAUACUUAUGUAUUGGAACCUGUUUCUGGAAGUGCUAAGUAUUCAAAGCUACGACAAAAUGAAUUUGCUGAUAGUGGUCGGCCUUUACAUAAAGCAGCAGUUAAUCUGGAUGAUGUGACUAUCUGUUUGCCAAAGGACGGAUACAGGGAUGUACUGAAGUUAGCUGAUAACUUUGCUGCCUUCAAUCAGCGGUUGAAGUAUGCUCAUUAUCGUCCACAUGUCUCCGUAAAAUCUGAUCCUAGAUCUUGGUGGAAGUAUGCUUACAGAGUUGUUUCUGACCAAAUGAAGAAGGCAAGUGGGAAACUGUCAUGGGAGCAAGUUCUGAAGUAUGCAAGAUUACGUAAAAGAUAUAUAUCUCUAUAUGCUUCGCUGCUUAGAUCUGACCCUAGUCGGGCAGUGGUUGAAGAUAACAAAGACAUUGAAGAACUAGAUCGUGAACUUGAUAUUGAACUUAUACUGCAGUGGAGGAUGUUGGCUCACAAGUUUGUAGAGCAGUCAUUAGAGUCAGAACAUGACUCGAGGAAACAAAAAGCAAAGAAAUCUUGGUGGUCUGGAUGGGGCAGUCAGUCUCUGAAAGAUGAGAAUGAGCCAUUUAGUUUCACUGAUGAAGACUGGAAGCAGUUAAAUGAAAUCAUCGGUUAUAAGGAAAGUGAUGAUAGACUGUUGGUUACAGUUGAUGAAAAGAUGGAUGCUCUUCAGACUUCCUUGAUCAUUUCUAUGAAACGUAAUGCCACUAAGCUUAUUGAUGAGUCUCAGGAGUGUCUUGCUGAAUUAUCGUGUGAAGGCAUCGGUUGCUCAAUAAAGCUCUAUCCAGAAACAAAAGUUUUUGACCUGAACUUGGGAUCAUAUAAGUUAUCAACGCCAAACGGUCUCCUUGCUGAGAGUGCAAGUGCUUAUGAUUCUUUAGUUGGCGUGUUCUGUUUCAAGCCUUUUGACACCAAGGUGGACUGGAGCUUUGUUGCUAAGGCUUCUCCCUGUUAUGUGACUUAUCUAAAGGAUGCAAUUGAUCAAAUUAUAAAGUUUUUUCGGAGUAAUACAGUUAGUCAGAAGAUAGCUAUGGAUACUGCAGCUGCAGUGCAGAUGACAAUCGAUGGAGUCAAGCGCACAGCUCAGCAACAAGUGAACCGGGCAUUGAAGGACCAUUCCAGGUUUUUGUUGGACUUGGAUAUCGCGGCUCCUAAGAUUACCAUUCCUACUGACUUUUGUCCCGACAAUAUUCAUCCAACAAAACUGAUGCUGGACUUGGGAAAUUUGGUUAUUGGUACCAAGGAUGACUAUGAGCAUGGAUCAUUGAAGGAGCAAGAUAUGUAUCUGCAGUUUAAUUUGGUUCUAAGUGAUGUAUCUGCGUUUUUGGUUGAUGGUGACUACUGUUGGGGCAAAUCUCCUGCAAAAAAUUCUGCUGGUUCUUCCAACUCAGAUGGUGUUAGUUUGUUGCCUUUUAUUGAUAAGUGUGGGGUAAUUCUAACGUUUCAACAGAUUAGAUUAGAGAGUCCAUCCUAUCCUGCAACACGACUAGCUGUACGGGUGCCAUCGUUGGGGUUUCACUUCUCCCCAGCUCGGUAUCAUCGAUUGAUGCAAGUAGUUAAGAUCUUUAAGGAGGAGGAUAGUGAGACGUCAGAUCUCGUUGGCCCUUGGAAUCAAGCUGACUUUGAGGGGUGGUCGGCUCUUCUUGUUUUCAAGGGUCUGGGAAAUAGGGAAGCAGUGUGGCAGCGGCGCUACCUAUGCUUAGUUGGCCCUUUCCUUUAUAUACUUGAGAGCCCUAGCUCAAAAUCGUACAAGCAAUGUAUCAGCUUACAAGGGAAACACAUAUAUGAGGUUCCCCCAGAGUCUGUUGGUGAUACCGAUCUUGUUUUGGCUGUCUGUGAUUCUACACGAGCGAAUAACAAGGUCGUGGAGGAUGCAAAUGCACUAAUCUUGCUAUUUGAUUCUGAUGAUUCAAAGAAAACUUGGCAGAGCCGGUUGCGGGGGGCUGUCUAUCAUGCAUCAGCGUCUGCUCCUGUAACUGGUCUAUCCGAUACUUCGUCAGAAUCUGAGGAUUCAGUAAUGGAGCUUAAUGGAAAUCCUGAUAUGGGUGAUUUAUCAAAAAUGGAGAAGAUAUUCAUAACUGGUGUUCUUGAUGAACUAAAGGUCUGCGUCAGUUAUAGUUAUCAGCGUGACCAAAAUAUCAUGAAGGUGCUCCUAACUGAAGAAAGGCGCUUAUUUGAACUUCGAGCGAUAGGUGGUCAGGUUGAGGUAUCAGUUAGAUCGAGUGACAUCUUUAUUGGAACUGUUUUAAAAUCUUUGGAGAUUGAAGACUUGGUUUCUGGGCACACCCUCUCCCAGCCGCGUUAUCUGGCAAGAUCAUUCAUCCAUAGUGCAGAAACACUUAUAACCUCUGAUGCCCCAGGAAAUCAGAGUUUUGAUGGUUCUGGUUCAAUUCGUUUGGAAGGUGAUGAUAAAUUCUAUGAGGCAACAGAUAAUUUGGUCGACUCUGGAAAUUUGAUAUUGAAAUCUCCUAGUUUUACUCGUAUUGCUGGUCUACUCCCAAGUGAUGGAGUUCAAACAACAAACGACAUUGCACUCGAUGAUUCAAUGGAUAGCUUUGUGAAAGCUCAAGUAGUUAUCUAUGACCAGAACUCUCCUCUGUAUCAUAAUAUGGAUAUGCAGGUCACAGUCACCCUGGCUACCUUAUCAUUUUUCUGUCGUCGACCAACAAUUCUUGCAAUAAUGGAAUUUGCAAAUUCUAUUACCAUCAAGGAUGAAAGCUGUGAAGCUUUCAGUGACAGUUCUUCAACAACAGCUACGAAUCAUGACACCAGAGAUGAUGCAGUUGAUGGUUCGCAAUCAAUGGCAGUCAGCAAGCCUGCUGUUAAAGGAUUGCUGGGAAAGGGGAAGUCCAGAGUUGUAUUUAAUAUAACAUUAAAUAUGGCCCGUGCUCAGAUUUUAUUAAUGAAUGAGGAUGAAACUAAACUUGCUGUUCUGUCACAAGAUAAUUUACUUACGGAUAUUAAGGUAUUUCCAUCCUCUUUUAGUAUUAAGGCAUCCCUCGGAAAUCUUAAGGUAAGUGAUGAGAGUCUUCCAAGCAGCCAUAUGUAUUUCUGGGCGUGCGAUAUGAGAAAUCCAGGAGGCAGCUCAUUUGUUGAGUUGGUUUUCACUUCAUUUAGUGCCGAUGAUGAAGACUUUGAAGGUUAUGAGUAUAGCCUCUAUGGUCAGCUCUCAGAAGUACGCAUUGUAUAUUUGAAUCGAUUUAUCCAGGAGAUUGUUAGUUAUUUCAUGGGUCUUGUUCCCAAAAAUUCAAAAGGAGUCGUGAAGCUAAAAGAUCAAGUAACAAAUUCAGAGAAGUGGUUUACAACUAGUGAUUUUGAAGGAUCACCUGCUAUAAAGUUGGAUCUGUCUCUGAGGAAGCCUAUUAUAUUGAUGCCCAGGAGAACGGACAGUCUUGACUACUUGAAGCUUGACAUUGUUCAUAUUACUGUGAAGAGCACCUCUCAAUGGUUUGGUGGAAGCAGAAGUGACAUUAAUGCUGUUCAUAUGGAAGUAUUAACAGUUCAGGUUGAGGAUAUCAAUUUGAAUGUUGGUUGUAAAGGAGAAAUAGGUGAAAGCAUAAUUCAAGAUGUGAAGGGAGUAUCUGUUGUGAUUCAAAGGUCACUUAGAGACUUGAUGCAUCAAAUACCAAAUGUUGAGGUUCUAAUCAAGAUGGAGAAAUUGAAGGCAGCUUUGUCAAACAGGGAAUACCAGAUUAUUACCGAUUGUGCUCAGUCUAAUGUUUCUGAAACUCCACAUACUGUGCCUCCAUUGAACCUUGAUUCUGUGACAUCUUUAAGUGAGGGUGAAGCCAUCACUCAGGAUCCAAAUGGUACUGCUUUUCCAAUUGCAAGUGGGGAAGCCCGGGUCAUGAUGAAAGUUUGUGUCGUCAUUGAUUUGGUUGAAUUGUGCUUACAUACUGGUCUAGGGAGUCUUGCCACUGUGCAGGUUACUGGUGUAUGGCUACUCUACAAGACAAAUACCCUGGGGGAAGGUUUCCUGUCAGCAACACUCAAGGGUUUCACUGUUCUUGAUGAUCGUGACGGUACUAAAGAAGAGUUUAGGUUGGCGAUAGGAAAGCCUGAGAAUAUUGGUUCUUGUUCCGUAGAUUCUGUGACUUAUGAUGACACCCAGCACAUCACUGAUGGAAAUGUCGGAAACUUGAAUGAUAUCAAUUUAGUUCCUACAAUGCUCAUUGUCGAUGCCAAAUUUUGCCAGCUUUUAACAUCUGUUUCAUUAUGCAUCCAAAGGCCACAACUUCUUGUUGCACUUGAUUUUCUGCUGGCUGUUGCUGAGUUUUUUGUUCCAACAGUCACUGAUGCGCUGUCAACUGAAGAAGUAAAGAACUCUGUUUAUGGAAUUGAUGCAAUAAUUUUGAACCAGUCUACUUACAAGCAACCCUCCACUGAAUUAUCUCUCACUCCAUUAAGACCUUUGGUAGUUGAUGAUGAAAUAUAUGAUCAUUUUGUUUAUGAUGGUAAUGGUGGAAUAUUGCAUUUGAAAGAUAGGCGGGGGUCCUAUGUCUCUGGCCCUAGUACAGAGGCUAUUAUAUACAUAGGAGAUGGGAAAAGAUUGCAAUUCAAAAAUGUUGUUAUCAAGAAUGGGCUGUACUUAGAUUCAUGUAUAUCCAUGGGAAGCAACAGUAGCUAUUCAGCUUUAAAGGAAGAUCAAGUCUACUUUGCGGGAGAGGAUGAAGUUCCUAAUUUGAGUUCCUCAAGAGAAAGUCCCAAUAAUCUGCCAUCUCAAAGCAUUGCAGUCAACAAAUCAACGGAAUUUAUCAUUGAGUUGCAGGUGGUUGGCCCAGAGCUGACAUUUUAUAAUACAUCCGAAAAACUUGGGGAAUCACUGAUGCUCUCUAACCAACUUUUACAUGCUCAAUUGGAUGGAUUCUGCAGGCUUGUUUUGAAAGGUGAUACCAUUGAGAUGAAUGCAAAUGUGCUUGGUUUCACUAUGGAGAGUAACGGAAUAAGGAUUUUGGAGCCUUUUGAUACUUCUGUAAAAUACUCUAAUGCUUCUGGAAGGACCAAUAUACAUAUAUCUGUUUCAGAUAUAUUUAUGAAUUUUUCAUUCAGCAUCCUAAGGCUGUUUUUAGCAGUUGAAGAGGAUAUUUUGGCUUUUUUAAGCACGACCUCAAAGAAAAUAACAGUAGUCUGCUCGCAGUUUGACAAGAUUGGAACAAUAGAAGAUCCCUCCAGUGACCAAAUAUAUGCCCUUUGGAGACCUCAUGCACCUCCUGGUUUUGCAGUUCUUGGGGAUUAUCUGACACCAUUGGACAAGCCACCUACAAAGGCAGUUGUUGCUGUAAAUACCAAUUUUUCCAGAGUGAAGAAGCCCCUAUCUUACAAACUAAUUUGGCCACCUUUACCUUCUGGGGAGUUGUCUCUUGAUGGUGUAAAUGAUUUGGAUGCAAUACCAAGUGGUGUCCUUUCUGAUGAAAGUAGCUGCUCCAUUUGGUUUCCUGAAGCGCCUGCUGGAUAUGUUGCAUUGGGCUGUGUGGUUUGUCCCGGAAGAGCACAACCACCAUUAUCUUCUGCUUUUUGUAUCUCGGCUUCAUUAGUUUCUCCUUGUUCCCUGAGGGACUGCAUUGCAAUUAACACCAACGAUCCAUAUCAGUCAAGUUUAGCAUUCUGGCGAGUGGAUAAUUCUGUUGGGACCUUUUUGCCGGCAGAUCUUAGUACUUCUAGCAUCACAGGUAGAGCGUAUGAUUUGCGUCACAUCAUAUUUGGAUUUCCUGAACCCUCUGCAAAAUCAUCCAAUAGUUUGAAUGCCCAUACUUCUUCUCAAAGUCACAAUCCGCAGUCAGAAAGAUCAGCAACAGUAAACUCUGGUCGCCGGUAUGAAGCUGUUGCUAGUUUUCGUUUGAUAUGGUGGAACCAAGGGUCAAAUUCAAGAAAAAGGCUAUCGAUAUGGCGUCCAGUUGUUCCUCCGGGAAUGAUAUACUUUGGUGAUAUUGCAGUGAAAGGGUAUGAACCUCCAAAUACCUGCAUUGUUCUUCAUGAUACUGAAGAUGAAGAGCUUUUUAAAGCCCCUCUUGAUUACCAAAUUGUUGGGCAAAUUAAAAAACAGAGGGGAAUGGAGAGUGUGUCCUUUUGGCUUCCUCAAGCUCCCCCAGGGUUUGUUUCCCUUGGUUGUAUUGCAUGUAAGGGAACACCUAAGCAAUCUGAUUUCAGCUCAUUAAGAUGCAUUCGCAGUGAUUUGGUAACUGGGGAUGAAUUUUUAGAGGAGAGUAUAUGGGAUACAUCUGAUGCCAAGCUUACGAAAGAUUCAUUCAGUGUAUGGGCAGUUGGCAAUGAGUUGAGUACCUUUCUAGUUCGUGGUGGUUUGAAGAAACCUCCUAGAAGGUUUGCUUUAAAACUGGCUGCUUCUAAUGUACCAACUGGUUCAGAUCUUACUGUAAUAGAUGCGGAAAUUAGAACCUUUUCUGCAGCACUUUUUGAUGACUAUGGUGGCUUGAUGGUUCCAUUGUGUAAUUUGUCUUUAAGUGGAAUUGGGUUCGGUUUGCAUGGAAGAACAGACUACUUGAAUUCGACUGUGAGCUUCUCUUUGGCUGCUAGAUCAUAUAAUGAUAAGUAUGAAGUUUGGGAGCCUCUUGUUGAGCCGGUAGAUGGAUUCCUAAGAUACCAAUAUGAUCUCAAUGCACCAAGUGCAACAUCUCAGUUACGCGUUACAUCGACUAGGGAUCUGAACUUGAACGUUUCUGUGUCUAAUGCUAAUAUGAUAAUUCAAGCUUAUGCAAGCUGGAACAGUCUCGUUCAUGUGCCUGAAUAUCAUAAAAAAAGGGAAGCAUUCUCUCCAACAGACGGUGAACGAUCUGUUAUUGACAUCCAUCACAGGAGAAACUACGAUAUAAUCCCACAAAACAAGCUAGGUCAGGAUAUCUUUAUUCGAGCUACUGAGUCAAGAGGACUUACAAGCAUAAUUAAGAUGUCAUCUGGAGAUGUGAGGCCUGUAAAAGUUCCUGUUUCCAAGAAUAUGUUGGACUCUCAUUUGAAAGGAAAACUUUUCCACAAAGUUAGAACAAUGGUGACUUUCAUCAUAGUGGAUGGGCAGUUCCCACGGGUUAGAGGGUUGACAUCUCCCCAUUAUACCUUAGCAAUCCGUCUCAUUCCUGACCAGAGUCUCCCUAGUGAAACAGUGAUUCACCAACAAAAUGCGCGCACUUGCGGAAGCAGCUCGAAUCACCUCUCUCCAGAGCUUGAGUUGGUCAAAUGGAAUGAAAUAUUUUUCUUUAAAGUUGACGCUCCAGACUACUACUCAGUUGAAUUACUUGUGACGGACAUGGGGAAAGCAGGGGUCCCUCUUGGAUUCUUUUCAGCCCCUCUAAAGCAGAUUGUGGGGAAUUUUAAUCAUGAUUCAUAUCCAUAUGAUAAUGUAAAGAAGUGGACAUCCAUUGAAUUGUCCUCGGCAGAGUCUAUGGAUGAUAACCAUAAGAAAUUGGGUGGGAAAAUCAGAUGUGCUGUAUUGCUGUCACCAAGAUCUGAAGGAGAGAUAAGUGAUCAAUAUGAUAACAGUAAAACAAAAUCUGGAUUUAUCCAGAUCAGUCCGAGAAGGGAAGGACCUUGGACUACUGUGAGGCUAAACUAUGCUGCCCCAGCUGCUUGUUGGCGGUUAGGCAAUGAUGUUGUUGCUAGUGAAGUACGUGUAAGGGAUGGCAAUAGAUAUGUGAAUAUUAGGUCUCUUGUUUCAGUACGUAACAGUACCGAUUUUGUGCUUGAUUUGUGUCUUGUACCGAAUGUUUCUAUGGAAAACGUGAGUUUAACAGACAAUUCAAGUACUCCCGAGGGUUUACAGACCCAUAGCAACAAAUUUCAGACAGAUGAGUUCCUUGAAACUGAAAAGUACAGCCCGACCACUGGCUGGGUUGGCUCCAUGAUUCAACCAAGCCAAGAUAUGAUUGAAGGUGGAGGAUCCCAUCAGGAAUUUCCUACAGUUGAGUUACCACCAGGCUGGGAAUGGGUUGAUGAUUGGCAUUUGGAUAUGGCAUCUAUUGACACUGCUGAUGGCUGGGUCUAUGCUCCAGAUAUUGAAAGUCUAAAAUGGCCCGAGUCAUUUGAUCCAUUACGGUUUGUGAACUAUGCAAGGCAAAGGAGAUGGAUCAGGAAUAGGAAGCAAAGUACUACGAAUCAGGAAAUAUAUGUUGGAACUUUGAAACCUGGAGAUACCAUACCCCUUCCUCUAUGUGGGUUGACACAACCUGGAUUGUAUGUCUUGCGUUUAAGGCCUUCUGAUCUUAGCAAUCAUGAUGAGUAUUCUUGGAGUUCAGCGGUGGAUGGGUCUGAACAACCAGAAGAGUCUGGUUCGUCAAAAGUAUGUCCUGAGAUAAGUGUAUCGUCUCUUAUUGAGUCAGAGAAACUGUUGUAUUGCUCACAGAUAAGUAGUACUUCUUCAAGUGGUUCCCACAAAUUGUGGUUUUGUAUGAGUAUACAAGCGACAGAAAUUGCAAAAGACAUUCAUUCUGAUCCUAUCCAGGAUUGGAAUCUUGUGGUUAAGUCCCCGCUAUCUAUCUCCAAUUUUCUUCCCCUUGCAGCUGAGUUUUCUGUUCUUGAGAUGCAAGAAAAUGGUGGUUUUGUUGCCUGCUUCAGAGGGGUGUUUUUUCCAGGAAAGACCGUGAAUGUUUUUAGUGCUGACAUAAGAAAACCUUUAUACUUUUCACUGCUUCCACAAAGAGGAUGGUUGCCCAUCCAUGAAGCUGUCCUUUUGUCCCAUCCUCAUGAAGUUUCAUCAAAAACAAUAAACUUGAGAAGUUCGAUAUCUGGAAGGAUUGUUCAAAUUAUUCUUGAGCAGAAUUCCGUUGAAGAGCGUCCACUGCAGGCUAAGAUCAUUAGACUCUAUGCUCCUUAUUGGUUUUCAAUUGCUAGGUGUCCUCCUCUCACAUUCAGGCUUGUAGAUAUAGAAGGGAAGAAAAAUACACGAAAGAUAGGUGGUUUAUUUCAGUCUAAAAAGAUUAAUGAAGUUGUCCUAGAGGAAAUAACUGAAGAGGAAAUAUAUGAAGGUCAUACAAUUGCUUCAGCUCUGAAUUUUAAAAUGCUGGGCCUUGCUGUGUCGAUUGAUCAAUCUGGCAACAAGCAGUUUGGACCUGUUAAAGAUCUUUCUCCACUUGGUGACAUGGAUGGAUCAUUGGAUGUCCCUGCUUAUGAUGGCGAAGGCAAUUGCAUGCAGCUUUUUAUUACCACGAAACCAUGCCUGUAUCAAUCUGUUCCUACAAAGGUAAUAUCUGUCCGACCAUUUAUGACCUUCACCAACAGACUUGGUCGUGAUGUAUAUAUCAAGUUAUGCAGCGAGGAUGAACCAAAAGUCCUUCAUCCAUGUGAUUCAAGAAUAUCAUUUGUAUAUCGUGUAUCAGAUGGACCUAAUAAACUUCAGGUUCGAUUAGGAGACACCAACUGGUCGUUUCCUAUUCAAAUUGUAAAAGAGGACACAAUUUCUCUUGUUUUAAGGAGGCAUAAUGGUACUCGGACAUUUUUGAGGACAGAAAUUCGGGGAUAUGAAGAAGGCUCACGUUUCAUCAUUGUAUUCCGCCUUGGAUCAUCUAAUGGUCCUAUCAGAAUCGAGAACAGAACUGUCAGCAAAACACUUAGCAUUCGCCAGUCUGGGUUUGGUGAAGAUGCGUGGGUUCCUCUAGAACCUUUUUCAACAACAAAUUUUGCUUGGGAGGACCCAUAUGGCCAAAGAUUCAUAGAAGCUAAGGUCGACAAUGAUCUCUCCACUGGAGUUUGGGAACUUGAUUUGGAAACAACAGGCAUAUGUUCUUCUGAGGAACUCGGAUUGCAAUUUCAUGUUGUAGAAAUUGGUGAUAUCAGGAUAGCAAGGUUCAGUGACACCAGAACUACAGAUGCAAGUUUGCAUGAACAAAUUAGGUCUCUGCAGCUUGCUGAAAAUUGCGGACCUUCUAACCUGCAGAAUACGAAUCAGAAUAAUGGUGCCUCACCUCUUGAGCUUAUAAUUGAGUUUGGAGUUGUAGGGCUUUCAAUUAUAGACCAUAGACCGAAGGAGGUCUCCUACUUCUAUUUUGAGAGAGUCUUCGUAUCAUAUUCUACAGGCUAUGAUGGUGGGACGACAAGCAGGUUUAAGCUCAUACUGGGCCACGUGCAGCUGGACAACCAACUCCCUCUAACAUUGAUGCCAGUGUUGUUGGCUCCUGAGCCGGACUCUGAUAUCCAUCAUCCUGUUGUCAAGAUGACUAUAACAAUGCGUAAUGAAAAUACUGAUGGCAUCCAGGUCUACCCUUACAUUUAUAUCCGGGUGACUGAGAAGUGUUGGAGGCUUAAUAUUCACGAACCAAUAAUUUGGGCUUUGGUGGAUCUGUACAAUAAUCUACAGUUAGAUCGUCUGCCUAAAAGUUCUAGUGUCACAGAAGUUGAUCCAGAAAUACGCAUCGACCUAGUAGACAUUUCAGAAGUUAGGCUAAAGGUGUCACUGGAAACAGCACCAGCUCAGAGACCUCAUGGAGUUCUAGGAGUAUGGAGCCCAAUACUAUCUGCAGUUGGAAAUGCAUUCAAGAUUCAGGUGCAUCUGAGGAGGGUGAUGCACAAAGACAGAUUCAUGCGGAGAAGUUCCAUUGUCUCUGCCAUUGGUAACCGCGUUUGGAGAGACUUGAUCCAUAAUCCUCUACAUUUGAUAUUUUCAGUUGAUGUUCUUGGUAUGACAAGUUCAACUUUGGCUUCUCUUAGUAAAGGGUUUGCUGAGCUCUCAACUGAUGGGCAGUUUACUCACCUACGGUCAAAACAGGUAUUUUCAAGGAGAAUUACGGGGGUGGGUGAUGGAAUCAUUCAAGGCACAGAAGCAUUUGUGCAAGGUGUUGCUUUUGGCGUAUCUGGAGUAGUGAAAAAGCCAGUUGAGAGUGCAAGACAGAACGGUCUGUCAGGACUUUUUCACGGGAUUGGACGUGCAUUCCUGGGAGUUAUUGUGCAACCAAUGAGUGGGGCAUUGGACUUUUUCUCCUUGACUGUUGAUGGAAUUGGAGCAAGUUGUUCGAAAUGCCUAGAGGUCUUCAAUAGCAAGACAACAUUCCAGAGAAUUAGAAACCCCCGGGCAAUCCGUGCCAAUGGUAUACUUACAGAGUAUUCUGAGAGAGAGGCAGUUGGACAGAUGAUUUUAUACCUUGCAGAAGCACAUCGGCACUUUGGUUGUACUGAAAUAUUCAAGGAGCCCUCAAAGUUUGCUUGGUCUGAUUAUUAUGAAGAGCAUUUUGUUGUGCCUUACCAGCGGAUUGUUUUAGUGACCAAUAAGCGAGUGAUGUUGCUUCAGUGUUUGGCUCCAGACAAAAUGGACAAGAAACCGUGCAAGAUUAUGUGGGAUGUGCCUUGGGAAGAGCUUAUGGCAGUGGAGUUGGCUAAAGCAGGUCACAAUCAGCCAUCUCACUUGAUCCUCCACCUCAAAAGUUUUAGGAGAUCAGAGAAUUUUGUCCGGGUCAUAAAGUGCAAUGUUGAAGAUGAAGUAGAGGGAAGGGAACCCCAGGCUGUUAGAAUCUGUUCUGCAGCAUGUAGGAUGUGGAAAGCAAACCAGUCUGCCAUGAAAAGCCUGAUGUUGAAGGUUCCAUCAAGUCAGCGACAUGUGUAUUUUGCCUGGUCUGAAGCCGAGGGGAGAGAAAAACGUACUCUGAACAAAGCAGUGACUAGGCUGAGAGAGCUCCCGUCAUACAGUUCUGCAUCAGAUGGUAGAAGAUUUGUUAAACACAGCAUCAACUUUUCAAAGAUUUGGAGCAGUGAACAAGAAUCCAGAGGUCGAUGCACAUUGUGCAAAAAGCAGGUUUUGGAAGAUGCUGGAUUAUGUAGCAUUUGGAGACCCAUUUGUCCUGACGGGUAUGUCUCUAUUGGAGAUAUUGCUCACAUUGGCAGCCAUCCUCCAAACGUUGCUGCAGUUUACCGUAAAAUUGACAGGUUGUUUGCACUUCCAGUUGGAUACGACCUGGUGUGGAGAAAUUGUUUGGAUGACUAUGCAACACCAGUAUCAAUUUGGCAUCCUAGAGCUCCAGAAGGAUUUGUAUCUCCUGGAUGCAUAGCUGUGGCUGGUUUUGUUGAGCCAGAACCUGAUUUGGUUCACUGUGUUGCUAUAUCACUUGCUGAGGAGACAGAAUUUGAAGAGCAAAAGGUUUGGUCAGCUUCAGAUUCUUAUCCAUGGGCAUGUCACAUUUAUCAAGUCCGCAGUGAAGCUCUUCACUUCGUGGCAUUAAGAACAAGCAAGGAAGAAUCUGACUGGAAACCUAUGAGGAUUCUUGAUGAUCCUCAGCCCCUAUUGCAGUCAUUGAAAGAGCACUAGCAUAUGGGUUUCUAAAGACCUUUCUCCAUUUUUCCGGGUUAAGAAAGGGCUUUAGUGUGUCGAAUACUGUUGUUGUAUAGUAGUGUGUAGGAUGUCUCUCAUCAUCACAGUUUUGGAUGCAAGUUGCAUCACCCAACACAGAGGAACUUGUAUAUGAUAUUUACAAGUGAUUUCAAAACCAAGUUCUAUUUAUAGCUGUUUGAUUUCAUCUUCCAAAGUGUUCAUGUCCACACGAAUGUAUAUUACUGGUAUAUUGGAUCAAAAUAGGAAAGAAUCCCAGAAAAAUGCUUGGGGCUUUUUGUAUUUUUCAGAA